GUUAUGAGAGGUUGGUUGGCGACAUGGAGGCCAUGGUGGUGAGCUCGACGGAGGGCGCCGUGCGCAUCCUCCUGGGGAAGCUGGCGGACGUCCUCGCCGGCAGGUACGCGCUCCUCCUCGGCGCGCGCGACGAGAUCCAGGAGCUCAAGGACGAGCUCGAGAGCAUGAACGCCUGCCUCCGCGACCUCGCCGCCGCCGGCGACGUCGACGACCGCAACGAGCAGACAAGAACGUGGAUGAAACAAGUCAGGGAGGUAGCAUUUGAUGCUGAGGAUUGUAUUGACACAUUCUGGUGCUACAUUGGCCAUCAUUAUGGUGCCAGGGGAGUCCGCUGUUAUUGUGUACCAAAGGUAGUCUACACCUUGAAGACGUUGAAAGUGAGGAACAACCUGGCCAUCAAAAUCCAAAGUCUCAGGACUCGUGUGCAGAGAGUGAGUGAGCGGAGGCUGAGAUACAUGCUCAACCCAACAAUUGGUUGAUUUAGAAGUAGAUCCGGAUCUCUGUCUUCUUCAAACUACAUUGAUCAAGAGCGCCGAUUAUCUGCACUAAACAUCGACGAAUCACGACUUGUUGGAAUGGCUGAUAAGACAGAAGAAGUCACCAAGCUGCUAGACGAAGGUCAUGUGCCUAAUCUUAAAGUAGUCUCCGUUGUUGGCUUUGGUGGACUAGGAAAAACCACCCUUGCAAUGACUGUUUACAAGAGCCCAGCAGUGAAAGGGAUCCAGAGCCGUGCUUUUGUGGCAGUGUCCCAAAACUAUGAUCCCCGAGCACUUCUGGAAUCUUUACUGAAGCAGCUUAUCCAAAGACCCUUUCUCAGAGAGCCAAGGAGUGUGGAUGAAGAAACUAGUACUGAAGACCCCCUCAAAGGCAUCGAAACCUGGGACAUAUGCCAACUCAUUAAUAGGUGCAGAAAUUACUUGGAGAACAAAAGGUACUUCAUUGUUCUUCAUGACCUUUGGAGGCCAGAAGCAUGGAUGACUUUGAAGAUAGCCUUUCCUGAUAAUGAUAAACGGAGUAGAAUACUAAUUACUACAAGGAAUCACCUUGUAGCUCAAAUUUGCUGCUAUUAUCCCCAUGACUGUAUUUACAGCAUGGAGCCCUUACCCAGUGAAGAAUCCAGACAUUUAUUCUUCAAGAGAGUGUUCAAAUUGGACAAAUGUCCUUCACAGUACCAAGAUUUGGUGGAUAUCUCCGAUGCCAUAUUAAGAAAAUGUAAUGGCUUGCCUCUAGCCAUUGUGAGCAUAGGAGGAAUGCUAGCUCGAAUGAAAAACAAGACAUAUGCAGAAUGGCAGAAGGUGUGUGACAGAUUGGACUGUGGGUUAGAGAUAAAUAAUACUGUAGGGGGAAUGAGAAAGAUACUCUCUCUUGGCUACAAUGAUUUGCCCUACCAUCUGAAGGCUUGCUUCUUGUAUCUUAGUGUUUUUCCCGAGGAUUUUGAGAUCAAAAGAGGACCCUUGAUUAGAAGAUGGGCAGCAGAGGGUUUCAUUGGUAGAGUGCGUGGAUCAAAUUUGGAAGAAAUUGCUGAUAAGUAUUUUGAUGAAUUUAUCAGUAGAAACAUCGUUACACCUAUUCGGAUUGAUAGCAGCGGCGAGGUCCGGAGUUGUAGGGUUCAUGACAUCAUGCUGGAAGUAAUCAGUGCCAUAUCUGUCCAAGAAAACUUCAUCUCACUCCUAGGGAAUUACAGUUACAGCAUAACAGGGCAUGACAAAAUUCGGCGGCUUUCCAUCCAUGUAGGUGGUGGUAAGGAGCAAGAUUUCUCAUGUAGGAACUUAUCCCAUCUACGUUCUUUGACAAUCCUAGGCUGCAAGGAGAAACCAAUACCUAUCGCUUUGGCUGAUCUAACACUUCUAAGGGUGUUAGACCUUGAAGGUUGCGGCUGGUUAAGUGAUUCAGAUUUGAAAGAUAUUUGCAAGCUGUAUCUGUUGAGGUAUGUAAGUCUUCGAAGCACAAAUAUUUCAAAGCUACCAAGGGCAGUGGGGAACCUGAAAGAACUUUUGACAUUGGAUGUAAGAAGCACUUACAUUAGGGAGUUACCUGCAACUAUCACUCAGCUCCGGUGUCUCAAACAUCUUCUUGCAGGCCGUUACAAGUACUAUACAAGGACACAUCAUGUGAAACAUUUUGCUUCAAAGGAAGCUGUGACUAUACCUGCUGGGUUGAAAAAUAUGAGUGCCCUUCAGAGCAUUGCUCCUGUAAACAUCUCAUCAAGCUUCCGUGCAAUGCAUGAACUGGGAGAGCUGUCUCAGUUGACCAAGCUUUGUGCUAUCAACAGAAAGGGAGUAGAGAAAUGGAGACCUUUCGCUACCUCAUUAAGUAAACUGAGCAAUUCCCUUCGCCACCUAUCAGUAAUUCAUAUCGACAAAAUGGAACAUGGGCUUGAGUUCUUAAUGGACCUAAGCUCGCCGCCUCUCUUCCUGAAAAAGCUCUACUUUUGGGGAAGAGUGAGUGCUCUGCCUCCAUGGAUUUCAUCUCUCAGCAACUUAGUCAGGCUAUCGCUCCGAGAAAACUAUCUGGAGAGUGAAUUGGUCAAGAUACUAGGGAAACUUCAUAGUCUUUUGUCCCUCAAACUGUAUGUUAACUCAUAUCUAGGGACAGAACUAUGCUUUGAGCAUAAUCUUUUUCCGAGACUCAAACAACUUAUGAUAGAUAAUUUAAAAAAUCUUGAUGAGCUUAGCUUUAAGGGAGGAGCGCCUGAUCUUGAGAGACUCACGUUGGCUUUUGUAAAAGCACCCGAAAGAGGCAUUUCUGGCAUAGAGAAUCUUCCAAAACUAAAAGAAGUUGAGUUCUUCGGGAUUAUUGUUGACUCUGUUGUCGAGGGGGUGAUAGCUGCUGCCAAGAUUCAUCCAAAUCAUCCAAGAGUUUACAGAGACGAGACAAUCGACCCAAGGAGCCUUACUACAGCAUGAGCCAGGAAUACAUUCAAUCUCCUGCUAGGCAGGCGGUUCAGGGCCAACGACUAAGUAAUAAUGCCAAGGAAUCUACCGUAGUGACUAGCAAGGAGGAUGGACGGUCAUUGGCAAAAGCUGGUAGGAAGGCUGGAGUAACUGGUUGCACUGGACGUGAGGGAUACUAGUUACCAUUGCCAAGCUCCGAAGCCUGAACUAAAGGUACCAUACAAGGACAUUAUUUCAUCAUAAUUCAUUAGCAUGAAUGCUCUGGUACAAAUUACUUUCAUAGGUCCGUCUAUUUUAUAUUUUCACUUUCUGCUGUUCUUUUUAAUCAGUACCGUUGUUGCCAAUAAUAGGGGGACAUCAGAAUAUCAGAUACAUGGAUCAAAUGCGUCUAAUUCCAACUGGUCCAUGACCUAAGAUUGUUAACUCAUCUACAGUAGACCACAAUAAGGCUUUGCAAAUUAACUCACAUGCGUCAUUAACCUGUGGAACCAAACUUCUCGUUUUGCCUAAUAUCUUCAAUUGCUGAAUCACAUUUACAAUUAGUAUCCACUUCUAUUAAACUGCUGGCCUACAACCCCCAGUAAAAAAAUCUGCGACGACUCCACCUCUUCAUACUCUGAUUUUGUAAUAUACAUUGAUUCAAAAUCAGACCUGUAAGUCAAAA